GCAUGUGACUAGGUCUGCAUGUAUAAAAGUAGUGAAUGUAGCCUAGAGACUUUCAUACAGAAUUGCAAGAAGCAUUAGUCCAUGAUGAAUUGCUUACUGUAGAAAUCAGUCACUGUCCUGAGCCUGGUUUGGGCUGUUGGAGGACAAUUGAGUGGAGAUGUGAGGCUGAUAGAUUCGUCUGGUUCAACAGAUACCAGAAUUGGCAGACUGGAGGUCUAUUACAAUGGACAAUGGGGGACAGUGUGUCAGGACAACUUCGGUAUAAAUGAUGCAAGAGUGGCUUGUCGUCAACUAGGUUUCCUAGGUUACAUAGGCUAUGGGGUCGUACGAAAUGUCAGCAUCCACACCGAUAUGGUUGGACGAGCUUGGUUGCUUUGGAUCUGAAACUAGACUAGAUGACUGCCCACACAAUUCUAUUGGAAUUCAUAAUUGUGAUCGUUCUGACGAUGUGGGAUUAGUGUGUGCAAUAAAUGAAGAUUUGAGACUUGUGAAUAGUUCUGGCACCACUGGGUUAGGUCCCAAUGGUCGACUGGAGUUGUUUUAUAACGGACAAUGGGGGACAGUGUGUGACGAUAGCUUCAGUCCAAACGAUGCAAGGGUGGCUUGCCGUCAGCUGGGGUAUGAUGACUAUGCUAAUUAUGGACGAGUAGGAACAUUAGGUUUCUCCCAAUCAUCAUCAACCACUCGGACAUGGCUAGACGAGCUUCGUUGCUUAGGAAACGAGACCAAACUCAUUAAUUGUCCUGCUAACACUAUCGGAGUUGAAGAUUGCACCCACACACAAGAUGUGGCCUUAUUCUGUAUUUCGGAGGGAGACCUGAGGCUGGUAGACAACUCAGGCCGAACAGGAGGCUCCUCUGGCAGACUGGAGGUCUAUAACAGUGGACAAUGGGGGACAGUGUGUGAUGAUAGCUUCAGUCCAAAUGAUGCAAAAGUGGCUUGUCGUCAGCUGGGGUACGCAGACUAUACUCAGUAUGGACGAGUAGGAACAUUAGGUUUCUCCCAAUCAUCAUCAACCACUCGGACAUGGCUGGACGAGCUUCGUUGCUUAGGAACUGAGAGCAGACUCAUCGAUUGUCCUGCUAACACUAUCGGAGUGGAAGAUUGCACCCACACACAAGAUGUGGCCUUAUUCUGUAUUUCGGAUGGAGACCUGAGGCUGAUAGACAACUCAGGCCGAACAGGAGGCUCCUCUGGCAGACUGGAGGUCUAUUACAGUGGACAAUGGGGGACAGUGUGUGAUGAUAGCUUCAGUCCAAACGAUGCAAGAGUGGCUUGUCGUCAACUAGGAUUCUCAACCUACACUCAAUACGGAGCAGUUAGAACGCUAGGUUUCUAUAUGGUUGGAUCAACUUCGUUGCUCAGGAACUGAGAGCAGACUCAUUAAUUGUCCUGCUAACACUAUCGGAGUGGAAGAUUGCACUCAUUCAGAAGAUGUGGCCCUGGUGUGCGGUGCAGGUAACAGUCAAUGAGACCUGCUAUAUAUAAUUAUAGCUCUGAAUAUUCUUGCAGCUUAUAAAUUACUAUUCCAUUACUUUGCAGCUACUUCCCCUUCUUCCCCUUUUUCCCCAUCCUCAAGUCCAACUACAUCCUCCAACAUAACAUCGAUCAGCACAGGAGUGACUAUUCCUAUUAUCAUUGUCGUUGUGAUCCUUUUUAUUUUCCUGUUCUGUGUUUUCACAAACCGGAAGAGACGCCAUGUUGGUCGCCCAGCAACCAGAGCUCCUAUAGUCGCUAAUGUUAGAUCAACAACUGUUAUCAUCGCCAAGUCAACUGCACCAGCAUGCAGCAAAAGCACAAGAUACGGCCUACCCUAUGCAAUCCAAACCCCAAUAUUCAAACCAGGCCCCCCCUCAGAAUAUGUAUCCGCCUCAAUCAGCAGCCCCCUACACCACUGGACAGCAACAACCCCCAGCCCCCUACACCACUGGACAGCAACCCCCAGCCCCCUACACCACUGGACAGCAACAACCCCCAGCCCCCUACUCCACUGGACAGCAACCCCCAGCCCCCUACUCUACUGGACAGCAACCCGCUGCUCUGUACCCUGCGUACCCCACUGGACAACCACCCCCUGCUCCGUACUUGUCUGCAUGGGGAGGAGCCCCUCCAGCAUAUCCAGGAUGAUUAUGGGGACCUACUAUGCAUGCAGUACAUGUAUUAACUGAAAGUAGUGAACUUUUAAUAAGAGACAUUGCAAAUUGCAAUUGACUGUAUAUAGCUGUUAGUGAUAGCAAACUUCUAUUAUUUUUAAGUUUAGACAAUGAGAAUUUUGUUCCUCAUUUUUUCACAAAUUAUUUUCAAAAGCAAACUCUUCGGCUGAUUUUAAUGAAUGUAUAUACAGCGCGUAUUAUGGUUGUAGCCAAUAAACAAU